AUGGCUUGUUUGUUCUAUCACGCAAAUACGGCCAGUAUUUCAGAAAGAGGUCUAAGUUUUAAGUUCCCUGAAUUCAGCGCUUUGGAAAGAGAAGGAAUUGAUAUUUUGGGUGACGCUGCAGUCUCAGAUAAUAUUGUCUAUCUGACAAAUAGCAGCAUAGAAUAUGACAACCUGAAUCAAUCAUCAGGCAGAAUUGUUUAUAGUAGGUCGAUCCAGCUUUCGACAAUGGCCAAAUUCAGCACUCACUUUGUCUUUUCUAUGGACUCUAAUGAUUCUCAGGGCGACGGAAUAGCCUUUUUUCUCUCAUCUGAAGGAUACGCUUAUACUAUUCCACAAUUCAAAAGCGAGGGAUUGUUUGGUCUUGUUGGAGAUAAACAUGAUGUGAUACCUGCUGUGUUUGCUGUAGCAUUUGAUAGUCUAGAGAACAUUGUGGGAACAAUUGGGCAAAAUUUCUCACACCGCCGUUAUUUGCAACAGGCUAAUGUUCCUGAUCUGCACAAUGGGACAGUAUGGAAUGCAUGGAUUGACUACAACAGCCAAGCACAAAUUCUCAAAGUAUAUCUUGCUAGUGGUUCUCAAAGUUCUAAAUCCCACCGAAAUUGCGUUUUAUCACAGCGCGUAAAUUUUUCUACAUAUUUCAGAGGAAAUAUCAAGAUAGGCUUUUCGUCUGCGGCUGUAAACUCGAAUGAGACCCACAUAAUCUUUUCUUGGGGUUUCAACAGCAGUACAAAUGGUUCAGAGAUGAGCUCCAAGGGAAAAGGCCGGAAAAAAAUAAGCACUACUACAAAAAUAUUUCUGGGUGUUGGAUCUUGCAUCGUGGCUUUUAUCGCAGGUGUUCUGUGGGUCUACUUUUCUUUUCACAGAAGAAAGAGAGCUGCAUCCAUCACAGGACAAAAGUUAGCAGACAUGGAUCUUGAUAGCGUUCUACACCACAUUCCCAGACGGUUUAAGCUGGAUGAUCUAAUAGCUGGAACUAACAAUUUCAGAGAAGAUCAAAAGCUUGGGCAGGGAGGAUUCGGAGGAGUCUACAAAUGCAAUCUUGUUGAAACAAAUGAGAUUGUAGCUGUAAAGCGCAUCUCAGAAGGUUCAAGGCAAGGGAUUAAGGAAUUCAUUUCAGAAGUGAGUAUUGUUAGUCGUCUGAGACACCGAAAUCUUGUUCAACUCUUGGGAUGGUGCCAUGAGAGAGACCAGUUGCUGUUGGUCUAUGAAUAUAUGCCUAAUGGAAGCCUAGAUAGACAUAUUUUCAGAGGAGGAGAAAAAGAAGCAACAGCAGAAAAAAAGGAGCCUCAAGUGCUGCAAUGGAGUAUCAGAUACAAAAUAGCUAGUGAAAUAGCAAGUGCACUGCUGUAUCUUCAUGAAGGAUGGGAUGAAUGUGUUGUACAUAGAGAUGUAAAAUCGAGUAAUAUUUUGUUGGAUAGCAAUUUCAGUGCAAAGAUUGGCGAUUUUGGCUUAGCGCGCAUGGUGGCUCAUGAACGUCUGGCUCAGACUACCCAAGCUGCAGGGACAUUGGGAUACUUGGCUCCUGAAUCUGUGGCAUCUGGAAAAACUAGUCCUGAAUCGGAUGUUUACAGUUUUGGGGCCGUGGCUUUGGAAAUAGCCUGUGGCAAGAAAGCAAUAGAUGUGAGCUUGGUAGAGUUUGACAUGCGGCUUGUAGCAUGGGUAUGGGAUCUGUAUGGUGGAGAUAGACUAUUGGAGGGUGCAGAUGUGAGAUUAAAUGGAGGGUUUGAAAAGGAAGAGAUGGAACGAUUGAUGGUGGUGGGGUUGUGGUGUUCUCAUCCUGAUGCUGGUAGUCGACCCAAAAUGAGACAGGUGGUGAGAUUACUCAAUUUUGAAGUUGCAGCGCCUGUUCUGCCACCUGUAAUGCCAGUACCAUCAUAUUCUCACACUUCAAUCACCACUGAGCCUUCCCUUUCAAUAGUAUCACAGAGUCUUGAUAUUACUUUGAGUCCAAGGUAA